GUUUUUUUUUUAUUGGCGAAGAUGAAGACAAGUAUUCUAAACCCAAAACUAGUUUUUCUAUAUUGGUCUACCUUCUUUCUAUUCGUUAAUCAUCUCUGUUGUUCCCAGAUUACCUGCCCAAACUGUGGUUCCAUGCAAGUUCCAUACCCUUUAAGUACUAGUCCAAACUGUGGCAACCCUGAGUACUCUCUUCGUUGUGAUUCUCACACACAAAAGCUUUACUUCGACACCCUUAAUGGAAGUUCAUAUCUUGUUCUUAAAAUUCAAGCUUCCAUGCACCGCAUGGUGGUGAAAACAUCUCCAUGGAUACCUGGGACAUGUGUUACACAAGACAUGCCGAUCAGUGAGGGUCUUUGGUUGAGCCAGACACUUCCUUUUAACGUCACGUCUUCAAAUACCGUCUUCUUCUUUAACUGCUCACCUCGCCUUCUUGUGUCUCCUCUGAAUUGCAGCAGCGCUAGUCUCUGUCACCAGUACCUGGAACAGUCUGGACGCGUAGACCCCAACCGUGCCCGUCAAUGUGUUAAUGAGGUUCAACCUUGUUGUAGUUUUCUUGCAGGAGGAAUGCCUUCGGCUUACAAAAUACGUCUUCAUGCUUCAGGUUGUAGAGCAUUUAGAAGUAUCCUUCAUCUCGACACUGGAAAACCAGCUAGUGAAUGGGAAGAAGGUUUAGAAAUCCAGUGGGCUCCACCAUCCGAACCUCUCUGCAGAACCCAGCUUGAUUGCUCAAGAACCUCGACAUGUUCGAGUUCUACUAAGCCUGGUGUUUCACGUUGUCUUUGCAUUAAGGGAUAUUACUGGGAUCAGGCUCUUGGAACUUGCUCAAGAGAGGUCAAGAACCGAUCCACCGCAAGUCUGGGUUUAAAGGUUGCGACUGGAAUAUGCUCCUCCUUCUUUCUUGUCAUAACUGCAACUGUCAUUGCAUUAAGAAACUUCAAACGAGUUAGCAAUCAGGCGAAGCUUGCAAAAUCAAGAGAAGAUAUGUUGAAAGCAAGCAAUGGAGGGAAAUCCUCAAGGAUAUUCAGCUUGAAGGAGGUCAAGAAAGCAACUUGCGGGUUUUGUAAGGAUCGAAUCUUAGGCAUCGGUGGCUUUGGGGAGGUAUACAAAGGUGAGCUUCAUGAUGGCACUGUAGUGGCUGUUAAAUCUGCUAAAGUGGGAAAUAUUAAGAGCACAAAUCAAGUACUGAAUGAAGUAGGAAUUCUCUCUCAAGUCAAUCACAAACAUCUUGUCAGACUUUUGGGUUGUUGCAUCGAAGCAGAAUUGCCGUUGAUGAUUUACGAGUACAUACCCAACGGAACCCUCCAUGAUCAUCUACAGCGCAAGUUCUCUUCAUUUCUGAACUGGAAAACAAGGCUGAAAAUCAGUUUGCAAACUGCUGAAGCAUUGAGCUACUUACACUCAUCAGCUUACACACCCAUUUAUCACAGAGAUGUUAAAUCAACCAAUAUCCUAUUAGAUGAGAAUAUGAACGCAAAAGUGGCAGAUUUCGGACUCUCCCGGUUAGCUGUCCCGGGGUUGAGCCAUGUUUCGACUUGUGCACAAGGAACACUAGGAUACUUGGAUCCUGAAUACUAUAGAAACUACCAGUUAACCGACAAAAGCGAUGUUUACAGUUACGGAGUUGUAUUACUCGAACUCCUUACUUCCCAGAAAGCUAUCGAUUUCACACGAGAUCAAGACGACGUAAACCUGGCAGUAUACGUGAACAGACUAGUCAGUAGUGAUGCAAUGAUGGAGGUAAUCGACAGUAAGUUGCUGGACAAUGAGCCUUACACUACAACACUGACAAGUAUGAAACUCUUUGCUGAUCUAGCACUGGCAUGUCUCCGAGAAAAGAAGACGGAGAGGCCUAGCAUGAAAGAUGUAGUUGAAGAACUGCAAUCUAUCAUUACCAUGCUGAAUCAAGACAAUGUUUCAAGUGAUUUAGCUGCUAAAGUAGUUGUAAACACACAAAUCACGAAGGCAUCCGAAUGCUCACAAUCAAUCAUCAUCAUCUAAAGAGAUUUGUGAUGAUGAUAUCCUAGUGUUGAUUCCUUGGCUCAAAACCUUCGGGUUUA